AUGCAGAUAAAAAGAGUUUUAUUGCGCGUAAAUAGGAGUUAUUUCUGUUGUAAAAAUAACAUUAGCAUCUCAUCCAAAUGUUAUAAUAAAGAUGGACAGGUUAACGGAAACAAUUGCAAUGAAAAAUUUCCUAGACUUGACAGCGGAGGUUCGGUGAAUUAUAAAAAUAAUUUUAAAAGAUCGUACACGACGACGAGCUGCCUCGGUCCUCUGCUUCGCGAGGAGCUGAGCUGGCGUGCCGUGGUGUCGGAAGCGGAGCGUAUGGUGGGCUACCCCACUUCCUUCCUCAACCUGCGCUGGCUCUUCAACGAUGAGAUCGCUGUUGCUGCCACACAGCUUAGGAAACUGGUAGGCACCAAUCAUCCAUUACUGAAGUCGGCCAAGAACAUACUUAUCGGAUCCAAGAGUAAUCUUCAGUCGGUUGGAUUAAUAGUCCUGCUUGUAUCAAAAGCGGCGGGAUUCAAUCCAGCUGAGUUCAGUCAGGAGCUGCAUACAUCUGGAGUAUUGCACGCACAGAGGGCGCUAGCUGAGAUCGUAGAGAUGAAGAGGACCGGACACAUCAUACAUAAGACUAUGGCAAAUCUUCAGGAAAAGGAGAAGCAUGGGAAGAAAUACGAUGACUUGCUAUGCGGGAAUAAAAUUGUCCUACUUACUGGUGACUAUCUCCUGGCCAAGUGCUUGGCACACCUGGGCGGGCUGCGUAAUAACGCGGUGACGGAGCUCAUCUCCACCGGUCUAAGGGACCUGGUAGAGGGAGACUUCCUCGGGGAGACAGAUGUUGAAGGCAAUCAUUUGCCAACGAAGCCUAAAGGUGGAAAUGAAAUCAUAAAACGCUAUGACUGGGAGAGCGAGAAUAACCUCGGCACACUAGGCUCCAAUGACUACCUCGGCCGAGGCAUAGACGAGUGGAAGCUGCGGACGAUGCUGACGUCUGGUAGUCUCCUUGCUAAGGGUUGUCAAGCGGCCAUGAAACUCAGCAAGCAAAGCGAGGAGAUGGAAAGGGAAGCGUACAAGCUCGGUGGACAUUUGGCUAUGAUCUGGCAACUUUAUUUAGACGUCAAAGAUUUUUACACACAUCCGCAUUCCUACUCUAUGGUUGGCGCGCCAGUGAUUAUUGCUCUAUGGGAGUACCCUACUAUUUAUGGUCAUAUAUAUGAAGCGAAAUUGGAAAAGAAGGGGGUAGAAAUCAAACAAUUACACUAUGCUGUGCGAAGUACAAGGGCUAUUGAAUAUUUGAGGAUAUUUUUAGAUCACGAAUUGGACGCCGUUCUUAGAUGCACUGAUAUGUUUCCAGUAGAAGAUGCUAGACACGCCCUACACAAAAUGGCCAUCUCUAUCCAUGGUGAGGCGGUAGAAUUUCUGGAAAAAUGAACACACGCAUUGAAUUUGUUGCAUUUA